AUGGGCGACCGGCACUACAACGUGGACGCCUGUGUCCGCGAGGGCCGCAGCCUUCUGGCUGGCUACGUCUGCUGCAGAAAAUCUAGCGAAACUCUCAAACAAACAAAAGGUGAUGUUUUCGUCUGGACGCUCUCACGAAUUACUGCUUCGGGUCAAGCUGCAGGGCGAGCGGUCGAGCACGGCGUGGCGAGGCUGGAGCGCGCGCGCGACACGCCGAGGCGGGACGUGACGACGCCGCUCGCGACCGUGCCGCUGCCGACGAACCCCGCGCCGGCGUCGCCGCUUGCCACCGCCGAGCCGUCGCUGGCGCACCCGGUUGCCGCUGCCAGCGCCGGGAGCUGGUGCGUGGCGAGCCCGAGCGCGGGCGCGGCGGCGCUGCAGGUGGCGCUGGACUACGCGUGCGGGCAGGGCGCGGACUGCUCGCCGAUCCAGCCCGGCGGGAGCUGCGCCGACCCGGACACCGUGCGCGACCACGCCUCAUACGCCUUCAACUCGUACUACCAGAAGAACCCCGUCCAGACCAGCUGCGACUUCGCCGGCGCCGCCAUCCUCACCAGCACCGAUCCCAGCACCACCACCUGCAAGUAUCCGUCAACCGGCACGGGCGCAUCGGUUCUGAACACGACGAAUCCGCUGACCCCGACGUUCGGCUCUCCUCCCGGCGGCUACUACAACUCUCCUCCUGGCGCUGGCGGCUUCUACAACCCCCCUCCUCUCUACGGGUCCAUGUCGCCUCCGGACUACGGCGCCGGCAUCAGCGCCGCCACGACACCACGCAGCACGAUCAGGACGACGUCGCUGACGUGCAUCCUCGUUGCGGCGGCGUGUCUCAACCUGUACAAGUAA